AUGGAGGAGCUGACACCAACUAUGCGCACCUUUGUAGAACCGCAUACCUCCUUUGAGUAUGAGCAGUUUAUUGGUGUUCCUGGUACUAUUCAUCAAUUUACUACUACCUCCAGAGCAGGCCACGGGAGCGUACAAGUCACGCCUCUCACGCCUAAAGGAAUCCUAAGGGCGACAACCGUCUUGGACACUCGAGAAGCCGAAGUCCAGACUCUAGUGGAGGAUGGUGUGCACAAUCCCAUCGUCGAUCUAACACCAACUCCCGCAACUCUAAAAAACACGCGAUAUCGCAUCAACGCAAGAAGGUUUUGCAUCCGAGGCAUGGACUUCCCGGGAGGACUCCGCUAG